GUCCUCGUCCUCGUCCUCGUUGUCGGUCGUCGUCGGUCGUCCGCUCGAGCCUCGAGCAGGUCGAAAACCGUGACGGGCUCCAGCGAAUGCGGUUUGUCAGAGCGAGCCUGCAGCUUGAUUUUUAAAUCGGCCAGUCUCAGCACCACACGGCGCGCCAGUAGAGAUGCAGCAGAGGCCGGCAGCGCACGCCGAGGCCAGGGUCGCGGAGUUGGGCAGGCUCCUGGAGGAGAGGCUGGCACAGAGCGCCGUGAGGUGGGAGGAGGGCGCCCGGAUCCGCGCGGCGCUCGGCAGCCUGGAGGCCACCCUGACGCAGGCCGGGGAGGAGUGGUGCGUGAGGCUCUUCGGCAGCGUGCCCAGCACAUUCCACACGUGCGGCGCCGACGUGGACGUGACCUGCCUGCGCCGGGGCGGCCUGCCCGCCGGCCAGACCCCGGCCAGCCUCAUGUCCGAGAAGAUCGGCCCGCUGUUCCGGGAUCACCCCCGCUUCAAGAUCUUGGAGGAGGUGCUGCGGGCCAGGGUGCCCAUCUUAAAGCUUCGCUUCGACGACUUGCUCGACGUGGACCUGUCCUGCCAGAACACGCGGGGGCUGCAGAACACGCGCCUCCUGCGCGGGUACGCGCACCUCGACGACCGGGUGCGAAGCCUUGUGAAAGCGGUGAAGCUCUGGGCGAAGGUCGCCGGCGUGUGCGGCGCUUCUCGUGGCAGGCUGUCGUCUUAUUCGUUCGCGCUCCUCGCAAUCUACUACAUGCAGGUGGACCAGGAGGUCCGGCUCCCGACCUCCCCGUGGCGGCGUUCCGAGAGGAGGCGCACGCGGGGCAGGACGACGGGCGCCUCGUGGCCGCGUGCCGCGGCCGCUGGUCCUGCGCGCUGGCCCCCGUGGAGCUCCUCGAGCCUUCUUCCGGUUCUACAGCGACAGCGGCAGCUUCUGGGAGGGUCAGGAGGUGGUGAGCGUGCGCCUUGGGAAGAGGCUCGCCGCUACGGAGGCACGGUUCGGGAGCCUGCAAGGCAGGCACGCCAGGCGGUUGCACAUCGAGGACCCGUUCCUCUUGCAGCGCAACCUCAACUGCGUGCUGGGCCGCCUCCAGGAGCCCACUGCCAGAGUAUGUGUCCACAUCCACUGCGUGCCCCAGGAUCUUGAGAAGUGGUGGAUAUGUGGAUAGCUGCCCGCCCGCGCAAGCCU